AUGGGACUUACCAGUAAUACAGGAUUGUUGGCGAGUACAACGCCUAAACCUGUAACUGUUAGGCAAAAGAGUACCGUGGACUUACGAUGCGAAGUAACGCCUGCACCAUUUAUGCUACGGCCUUACGCGGCGCUGUACAACCCAUUUGCACAUAACUGCUCGGUGCUGUGCAAUCAUCCUGCUGAUACUGAGGCUAAAGAAUAUGUUAAACGAGCGAAAGAUUGGUUGCAAGAAGGCAAAUCUCGUUUAUUUCAAGAGGACCUCUCCAGAUUUCAAGAUGGAGACAAAGAGAAAAUUCGAACACCACAUGAUAUUGUUACCGAAGAUAUGUUUAGAAGAUACACUGAAACAGACUCCAGACCACUCACCCCAGCUCCGACCCUCGCCAGUGGCAAGUCUAGAGGUUCCCGCAGAUGUCUCACACCAGACCAACCUCAUCAUAGAACUGCUAUUGUUCUAGAUUUGAGGCGAAGUCAUAGUCAAGAAACUCUUUACUACCACGGCUAUACGACUUCAGACAUCACAGGUGGCCCCAAUACAAGCCCAACCAACGACCGUUCGACUCUACCCUCAUUGAAUCUCUCCGACGGCGCUCACAACCGCCUCAUCAAAGGCCAGUGCGAACAGCUACCUCCACUGGCGUCACCACUUGUGCUCGCGACAAGGACCCUUCCUGUGAAGGAACCGCUGAGUGUUAGGACUGCGAGAAGGAAUCAACUCAAAGCGCUGAACAUCAGCAAGACAGUGAAGAAACAAAAUAAACUCGAGGUUCCACCAUCACAACGAUCUAAAACUGAAAAAGAAGCUGAAACAAACGACGAUACUCUGAAUGUUGAUGAAGAAGCUGGUGGCGAAGGUCGGCGUCGUGGUAAAAGAAGGCGCAAGGGUCGUGCGGGCGGCAGUGAUAGACUUACUUCAGCUGGACUGGCUGCACAAUCACAACAAGACCCUGAAACUCAGAUUGCAGGCAUUGGAGGGGAUUCCCAAAACCCUAGUUCAAGAGGUUCGGUGGCAUUAGCAAAAGAAGACGAUGACAUUGUGUUGCCCGUGAUAAAACUCAAUGUGCCCAAGAAAACUGACUCAUUUCUGGACGAUGAUAUUCUCAAGUACCUGCAUAGAGAAGUAGAUGAGGAAGCUAUUGAAACUGAGUUUGACGUCAAGCGCCGGUACGUUCUCGAAGAAGCGAUGCGCACUCGUCCGACGCGUACCUAUGGCCAAGAGAUGCAAGCGUUACUCCGGGAGCUGAAAGUCCCCGCUGUCAGCCUCGGAGAUUGGUUGCACAUUCCUAGGGUUUUCUCCAGAAAGAAUGCACAAUUCUCAUUACCAAUAGACACAAAUUCUCUUGAGACACUAACUCCGAUGAACUACGCUGCAAGAUUCGUGACGCUAAAGAAAUCUAAGCAACUGCUGUACCUAACCGUGCUAAGAAAGUUUAGAGCGCGAAAUUACAGAAUGCCUAUCAAGGAUAUUGAAGAAGGUCUUAUACUCAUGAUGGGUGGUAUCUUGACCAAGGUACAGAGUAACCAAUUUAAACUCAUAAUGAAUUGGGAAAGCUACGAGGAGGAAGACAAUAUUCCUGAUGAAAUUAAACUUACUUUAAUUGAUAGUGGGAUCAGAAAACCGAGACCAGAAGCGGGAGACACGGAAGAGUCCGACGAAAACACGAUAAAGUAUCGAACUUGGUGCGGCCUCUGCGCAAUUUGUGAGCGAAUGUAUGGACGAUUUCCUUCCCGGGAAAAGGAUCCACCAGAUGGGAUUGAGCUGAGCGACUUCUCUAUGAUAGAAAGUAAAUUAGCUGCACUAAAUGUCAACAGUGGGCUGAAAGAAAUUCUAACCAAUAUAAGAGAACGUUGA